AUGGAGGAGCUGCUGGAUGAGUUACUGGUUGGAGAGCUGGACGGAUGGAGGAGUAUGAAAGAGACAGAGAGAAUAAUCUGUAGAAAGGUAACUCUUGUCGUACAUCAGAGAAGUCACACAGGAGAGAAACUAUUUAAAUGCUCUGAAUGCAGACAAUGUUUUACUAAGAAGCAACAUCUUGAAAGACACCUGAGGAUUCAUACAGGAGAGAAACCAUUUACAUGUUCUGAAUGUAGAAAAUGUUUUUCACAGGAGUCAUCUCUGGUUGUACAUCAGAGGAGUCACACAGGAGAAAAACCAUUUAAAUGCUCUGAAUGCAGCAACAGUUUUAAAGAGAAGCAACAUCUUGUAAGACACCUGAGGAUUCACACAGGAGAGAAACCAUUUACAUGUUCUGAAUGUAGCAAAUGUUUUUCCCGUAAGUCAAAUUUAGUUACACAUCUGAUGACUCACAAAGGGGAGAAACCAUUUACAUGCUCUGAGUGCUAUACGUGUUUUACUGAGAAUCAAGAUCUUGUUAAACAUCAGAGAAUUCACACAGGAGAGAAACCAUUUAAAUGCUUUGAAUGCAGCAAAUCUUUUUCCCAUGAGUCAUCUCUUUUUAUACAUCAGAGGAAUCACACAGGAGAGAAACUAUUUACAUGCUCUUAA